AUGUCGUAUCCCGCAUUCCACACCCUUCGAGGAGAUGGAUACGAUGCUAUGCUGCUCGACACGGACGGUUCCCAAAUGUAUGAGACCGAGUAUGGGGAACUUCUGGGCGAAAUGGUCAAGGCCAAUGAUGUAUGGAUGGUACAACAAUACAUCGAGAAGCAUCCGAAGGCUGGGUUGUAUCCCUCCGAUUUACGAGACAUGGACGCAUUUUUUAUCGCUUGUGAGUAUGGAAGUCUCGAUGUGCUUCGCGUGCUUCUGGACCAUUAUCACGCGCAUAUCGAUUCCCCUGACACUGAAUCACUCGAACAGCGAAAAAUCUCGCUGUUGGGAAUAGCUUGUCGGUUUGCUCAGCUUGAUAUGGUGCGCUUCCUGUUGGACAGUCAGCCACCACUGGGGACGGUUGAACCUGGGGAUGGUUCGUGUGAGACAGCACUUCUGUCUGCGGCUACCUCUAUUUCCGAUGUCGGGUUCGAUUGGGAGCGGUGUCAAUUUCCUGAGCGGAGUUGGGUUCGCGACCGUGUUGCACGGAGUGAGAGUUUGAUUCACCUCCUCCUGGACAGGGGCGCUUCUGCUCGUGAUGUCACAUUGUCCCGGUCGGAUAAACAAGACCCUCCGCAAGCUUCAGAGACUGUUAUCGGCUUGGCCAUUGCCCAGGCCAGUUACCAGUUGGUGGCACGUUUGAUUAAUGCAGGAGCUGAUGUACACCGAAGACAAAUGCCCCUGAACCAAUUGAAUAAUUAUGGGGGUUCAGACCUGCCUCGAGAUGUCACCGCUCUUCACCGUGGUAGCCGUUUUUGGAACGCUCCGGGGAUUCGAGCCUUGCUAGACUAUCGAGGCAGCAAUGUUGACAUUGCAGAUAUGGUAUCUGUACGUGAUGGCGAUGGACGAUUGCCACUCCAUUGGGCUGCUAUAGGACCCGACCCGUUGGCCGAAGAUAUGUUACCGGAGAAUGAAGUGCUUCCCCGGAUUGUCGAUACAUUCAAGCUACUCUUGGAAGGCAAGCAGAGCACCGUUAAUAUCCAGGACAACUUGGGAAGAACCGCCUUAUUUUAUGCAGUCAGUACCCAUGCCAAGUGUAUCAGCUCCCAUUCCUAUACUCUGGCCCGUUUUCUAUGCGAAAUCGGGGCGGAUGCAAGUUUUGCAGCCACCGAUGGAAAGACUGUGCUUCAUGAAUUGGCUCUGGCCUCCCAUGCAGGUGACCCUAUAAACCCUGCCCUGUUAGAUCUCAUGCUGUUGCAUGGGGUAAAUAUUCAUCAUACCGAUAUGGAUGGCAGCACUGUCCUGCAUUUGAUGGCAAAAAAUCUGCGGCAGGUUAACGCCGCUAACUUUCUGAUCAGCCGGGGCGCGGAUGUCAAUGCCAAAGAUUCACAAGGGAACACACCACCCCAUACAGCGACGAUGACAGGGGUCUACUUCGCUCGCCCAACUCGAGAAGGGGAAACGGAGCGUACUACGCUAGAUGAACGGAUAAGAUUACACGAAGAGAUGAUUGCAACCUUGUUGGAGGCUGGAGGCAGCAGCUUAAUGGAUCAACCGAAUGCUGCAGGCAAAUCCCCACGACAGCUACUUGAGGAGACCAGGUCCAGGUGGUACAUGGAUGAGGAGCGUCUGAGACGUAUCGAUGCGGAGCGGGCUUCUUAUCCAGACUUUUAG